AGAAGGACCAAUUUGGUGGACAACUUACAGCCUUCGUUGCAGGUCUUCUUAGCUCAGGCGAUUUUGGAGAAAAUCUAGUCGACCACCAGUGGAGAGAUCAGGAGAACGUGUAACGUCAGCAACCACCAUGGCGCUCUACACCACCAACAGCAAUACCCUCAGUCCUUUCAAGGCCCUAAGCAUAGCCACAGCGCUCCUUCUCUCCUCAGCCUCGCGCGUCCUCGUCACCGCACGCCUCCACAAAGCCCCCACGCCACCGAUGGGCUGGAACUCGUACAAUGCCUACUCCUGCACCCCCACGGAAGCCAUCAUCAAGCUCAACGCCCAGGGCCUCAAGGACCUGGGCUUCUACGACCUGGGUUACGACAUCGUCACCGUGGACUGCGGCUGGCCCGCGGACGCCCGGGAUCCGCAGACGGGAAAGCUGGUGUGGAACGAGACGCUGUUUCCCAGCGGACCCGAGGCGCUGGGCGAGUUUGUGCAUGGCCUGGGUAUGAAGUUUGGCUUGUACUCGGGAGCUGGGUACUUGCAGUGCGGGUCGGAGGCUAUUCCUGCUUCUCUUGGAUACGAAGCCGUCGAUGCUCAGUCUUUCGCCGAUUGGGGCGGCGACACGCUCAAAUACGACAACUGCUACUCGACCUCGCGGACGGUCAUGGUCGACUCGUCAUCCGCUGAGUCUCAGUCUCCACGUCGGUUUCAGGUCAUGGCCGACGAGCUGGCCAAGACAGAUCGGGAUAUACAGUACUUCCUGUGCCAGUGGGGGAUAGGGCAGAAUGUUCCAGAGUGGUCUGUUCCUAUUGCCAACAGCUGGCGCAUGAGCAACGACAUCUACAAUGCGUGGAAGAGCAUCCCGCGCAUCGUUAACCAGGCCGUGGCGCACAGCCCUUCCAGCCAGCCGGGCGCCUUUGCCGAUCUGGACAUGCUCAUUGUUGGUCUCAACGCUCUCAAUCCUGACGAGGAGCGCCUGCACUUUGGCAUGUGGGCGGCGCUCAAGUCCCCGCUCAUCAUUGGCGGCAUCAUGGACAAGGACGACAUCCCCGCCGACUCGCUGGCAAUCAUGUCCGACAAGCAGGCCAUCGCCAUCAAUCAGGACCCCUUAGGUGUGGCUGCCGACCUGGUCAUCCGCCACGCGAGCCCGUUGAGCUGGGACAUCUGGGCGGGUCCCUUGUCGGGAGGUCAGAAGGUCGUGGCCGUGCCGAACUGGGGUGCCGAAGCUCAGACCGUUUCGAUUGAUCUGACGCUCGUGGGCGUCGCGAGUGCAGACUGGCACGAGGUGUGGAGCGACGCGUCUGGCUCCUCGUCGGGCUUGCUUGCCGCGACCUUGCCCGUGCACGGCAUGCAACUGUUUGUGCUGUCGAAUAUUAUCGAGACCCCGGUGCCGACAUCAGUCGGGCACUACAGUGCGGCGCAGGCAGUGCUGACGGGCACGGCUGUAAGCACCAAAUGCGGUAAUGACCAGUGCCUCCCUGGCAGCGAGAAGAUUGGGUACAUUGACAUCAGCUCAACGGCGACCUGGAGCUCAGUCACGAGCCCCCGCACCGGCAAGGUCCUACUGUCGGUCGACUACAUCAACUACGAGUAUCACUUUUCUGAGUCAUGGACGUGGGGCACCAACGUGCGCGACCUCACAAUUCGCGUCAAUGGCGGCGAUGCGAAGUCCUGGGCAUUUCCCUUGUCAGGCAACAACUGGUUCGACACGGGCAAGCUGAUGGUUGAGGUCGACGGGUUCGUCGAAGGUGCUGGUAACACGGUGGAGUUUGGGUAUCCUGGCAACGCCAAUCAAUCCUAUGCGCCUGAUUUGGUUGGGUUUGAUGUUCUCCGGUAAGUCCCCUAUGAGGAUAGCAGGCGAUGGGAGGAAAUCGUCCAAAUUGUGGUUCAUGCUGGUGUGGUGGCUCCACCAUUCAGCCUGCUCCAGCUUGUGGUAGUGUGACAUGGGUUCCAA